AAAGAAGAUUAAGUGAAUUAUAUAGAUUAAUGAAUUAGAAAGACAUGAAAACACCGCCUUUUUCAACAAUAAAAACAGAUAAUAAAGUUUAUGUAAAGAAAUCCAGUAAAAUUCGUAGUAUUGUUUCUCGUGGAUUAUAUGUUUUAACUGAACGAGAAUUUGAAAGCACAUUCACUGUUGAAGCACAAGGUUUAAGUAUAGGAAAAGCAGUGACAAUCAUUGAGAUCCUAAAAAGACGAUUAAGAGACGCAGAGCUUUCAUUUUGGCAAUAUAAUCAACUUGACAAUGCUAAUGCAAGUAUGCCUCAUGCAGACAGUAUGACCAACAAUGAACGUUUUUUGAACCUAGAAAUUGGAUGUGCAAAAGAUUGUGUAAAAAAUGUAAAAACUAAAAUUAUCCCAGUAUUAAGAAUGAAAUUAAGUAGAAUCCCAUUAGAUCUAACAGGUGGAUGGAGAGAACAAUUGAAUCACCAUUCAUCAAAAGAUAGUAGUAUACAACAGAUAAAUUGAUAAUGAAAAGCCGAAAAUUCUGAAUAAUAAAUAUUUUAUAAAUAA